AUGCGACUGUUGUUCUGGAGCUUGCUAUGUCUCGGCCUCGUUACCGCGGGGAAGCUCGUGACCGCUGCUAGAGCCACCAGAUCGCUGGCGUUCCGAAAAGGCAGCUCCUUUUUCUACAGGGUGAAUUUCAAGAUCACUUUGUUCCCGGAGACGCCGAUCUUCGCCCAGGCUGCGGGUUUCAAGAUGGCGUUCGAGCUGCCGACGGGGGCCGUUCGUACGACCAGGUCCAUCGUGGACGUUCACGAAGCUGCGGAGCUCGUGUACGAAAGCCACGGAUUCGAUGGUAGAUCCUGUUUAAUAAAGAACUUGUGCCAAGCCAUGCAGUACACGAGCCAGAGGGACGGAGUCAUAGCGAAGAUAUUAAGGAUACUCGUCGGAUCGUACGCGAAUAAUAGCAGCACGUCCGAGGACCCGCUGUACUGCGAUGAUCACGCCAAGAAUUGCCCUCUCCAGUUAAUCGGAAUUGAUAGUCUCAUAGACUAG